AUGAAUGUGCUCGUUUGGAACGUCCGAGGCUUCGCGGACGAUUCUAAACAGAUUUUGAAGGAGCACUGCCGUUCCUUCAAUCCGAUUGUUGUCGGUAUCAUCGAACCCAAGAAGGGUCUUCACAAAGUUUCGAAUAAUUACUGGCAUUCGCUCAAUCUCAUCCCUCGUCACCAGAAUUGCAGGGUUCCUCGUCGGCCUAAUCUCUGGUUACUUGCACAGCCGGCGGUGGUUACCAACGUUGUCUUCUCUUCGGAACAGGCUAUUGUCUCUGAUUGCUCGUGGCAGAAUAUUAAUUUCAGGGUUGCUUUGGUCCAUGGCGCUAAUGAUGCUAUUCUUCGGCGGACUCUUUGGUGCGAUCUUCUUCGCUUUGUGGAUGGUCAAACUAUUUUUAUUGGCGACUUUAAUGCGGUUAAAGGAGCGCACGAGCGUCUUAGCUCGGUGAUGCCUUCCCGGACCUCUUGUUUGGAUUUUUGCAGGUUUAUUGAUGAUACGAGCUUCUUGGAGCCGAAUUCCACAGGGCUUCAAUUCUCUUGGUCUGGCCGGCGUUUUCUUCAUGAGCACGUUGAGUCGUUGCUAGAUAGGGCGCUGAUCUCUCCGACCUUUUCCGAUCUCUGGAGUUCGAUCACCACUCAGGUGCUUCCCAGAACCUCCUCGGAUCAUUCUCCAAUUGUGCUCCGGUGCACCCAACCUAUCACUCCUGGGAAGAAGUCGUUUCGGUUUUUAAAUAUGUGGAUUUCCCACCCGGAUUUCUUGGAUAUUGUUGGCGCCUCCUGGAGAGAGAGUAUCAAUACUCCUUGCCCUAUCCUCGCGGUUAUGCUGAAGCUUAAGCGCCUUAAGGGUCACCUUCGGACUUGGAAUAAAGCGGGGUUUGGUCAUGUUGACACGAAGAUGGCUGAUCUUCAAAGUGAUUUACUCAGGAUUCAGGAUCGUAUUUCGCGGGAAGGGUACACGGAUGCUUUUUUUGAUGAGGAGAUUUCGAAACAAGCUGAGAUCAGCACGCUGCUUUACAGAAAGAAUGUUCACAUGCAGCAGCAAAGCCGGAGUACUUGGCUAAAGGAUGGGGAUCGGAACACUGCGUUUUUUCACAGGAUGUUGAAGUAUCGCAAUUCUGGUUUCAUGAUCAGUCAUCUGCUCAUUGGUGGGGUCGCGGUGUAUGAUCAAACUAUUAUUGAAUCUCACAUUGUGGAUCACUUUUCAACGUUGUUUUCUCAAGGAGCGGCGGAAGAUGUUGAUUUGGUUCAUCUGGAAGCUAAUAUUGAUAUGCAGGUCUCGUUGGAGCAAAAUUUCAAGCUGACGGAGAUCCCUUCGGAUUUGGAAAUUUCAAACUCGGUUCUCAAUAUGGACGCCCAUAGUGCCCCUGGCCCUGAUGGGUUCUCUGGUAUGUUCUAUCACACUUGCUGGAGCAUUAUUAAGGAGGAUAUUAUUAGAGCAGUCUGUUGUUUCUUUCUCAAUUCGUAUCUGCCGAGCGGGUGCAAUGCCAACACUCUUAUUUUGAUCCCAAAAUUGGAUUAG